UCCUUAAAACAGCUGUGCUCUCUCGACAAUCGACUAUCGAUAUCUUUUACAGCGCAGAAUAAUAUAAGAACUUCUUAGUAAUUGCAGUAAUUCACAUGGGAUCUAAAAAUGAAUGUCAACCUACGUUGCACCAAAUUUCGGAAUUGUGUUACAACAAAUUUCGUGAUUUGCCAAAAACUGGAAAGCCCACAAAAAAACAAUGGACAGUGCUAGCCGGCAUAGUGCAGUACGACAAAGAUACACAAACAAGCAAAGUUGUUGCCCUUGCAACAGGCACCAGAUGUAUCGGCGCUAGUAAAUUAUGUACAAGAGGCUAUAUACUCAAUGAUUGUCAUGCUGAGGUUCUGGUCCGUCGCGCUUUUUUACGCUAUUUGCAUAACGAGCUCUUAAAGGCAAUGAUGCGAACAGGAGAUGUGGACCAGUCAAUCUUUACUUGGCAGACAGCGACAGCUUGCUUUGCGCUCAACAAGCAGCUAGAGUACCAUUUGUUAAGCACUCAAACACCGUGUGGAGAUGCAUGCAUUGUGGCCACCGAUGAACUCACAAAUGAGGGUCCAGCGAAACGAGCGCGUUUAGACUUGGAACCUUCGUUACCGCUAACAAAUACCUCUCCGAUAUAUACGGGUGCUAAACUAAUAAGUCAACCGGCCAAUUUCCUCUCCGACGACAUGUUGCAAACACCAGCAGAACUGAGGACUAAACCAGGAAGAGGCGAACGUACUUUGUCUAUGUCAUGCAGUGAUAAAUUGUCGCGUUGGAAUGUGCUUGGAGUACAAGGCGCGCUGCUUGACAUGCUGAUCGACAAACCCAUUUACUUUACCAGCUAUAACUUUUGCUGUGCCGAGGCAAAUCUUGAGAGUCUGGAGCGUGCCAUUUAUCGACGCUGGCAGGGCAGAGACUGCAUGCUGAAUCGCUAUAAGCCGCAGCAACCAUUAAUACGCAUAGAUAACAAUUUAACCUUUGAGUUGGCGCAACGCAUGGAUUGGCAGCCAUCGCCAAGCAGCCUGAUAUGGGCGCUGGUGCCUGAUUUGCACAGACCAUUUGAGAUUGCAGUUAAUGGAAAGCGUCAGGGUAUCACCAAACAGAGGCUAAACACACCGCAAGCCGCGCUAUCAGUGAGUAAAUAUAAAUUAUUCAUUAGUUUUUUGGACUUGCUGUCGGGCUGUUCGAAACUACGCGAAAAGCUGGGACUGAACUUGGAAGAGCUUCAAAACUUGAGUUAUUUUGAGCUUAAAGCCUUGGCAAAGGAUUAUCAAUCAGCUUGGCAGCAAUUGAAAAGUAACUAUUUCAAGUUAUGGACUACCAAGCCAAAGGACCUGCUCGAAUUCAGCAAACAACCUGAGAAUGAUUUUGAAUUUAGCAAAAAGACUGCAGGAAAUAAAUGAGAAUAAUUCCCAUAGUUUGGCAGUUAACCUAUACUUUCAAGUGAAAUUGCAUUAUAAAAUAUUUAGCACUGACUAUAUGUCUUUAUAUAAUGCAAUAUUAUUUAUAUAAUCCAAUUACGAGGUAAUAAAGAAAUC